AUGCAUCCAAGCAGCGAGACAGACCCCCUAUUAGUCUUAAACUCAGCCCUGUCACCGACUCAGAAAUCAAAGGAACUCCUCAUCCUAAUCGUGUGUUCCAUUCUCACAUUAUCGACUGAUUUCGGAAUUUUCAUGUUAAACGCGCCGCAGACAGCUGUCUUCGAAGAGAUCGUCUGCCGGAAUUACCAGGUCGGUCUCCAUCAGACUGGCACUGGGAACGCGACCUUGGCCUCAGGAACUGGAAAUGCUCUACUGGACCCAAACGCUUGCAAAUCUGAGGCUGUGCAGGGAGAGUUGGCUAUUGUGAUAGGGUACAAGGCUACCUUCGAUGUCAUCCCUGGUCUCCUCCUGUCGCUUCCAUAUGGAAUCCUUUCGGAUCAUUGGGGACGGAAGCCGGUCUUGUGCCUUUGCCUACUGGGCCUCAUUCUGGGCGAAUUAUGGGUGAUAAUAGUCUGCAUAUGGUCAAAUUACAUUCCUCUGCGGAUGGUCUGGUUAUCAUCACUAUUUAAGAUCAUCGGCGGCGGCGAUCCAGUAAUCUCUACUAUUGUUUGUGUCAUAAUAGCCGACGUCUUCUCUGAAAAUGAAAGAUCAACUGCCCUCUUUCGUCUGAACUCUGCUGCUAUCCUGGCGGAAAUCUUGGCUACGCCCAUAAGCGCUUAUCUGAUGACCUUCAGCCUAAUGCUCCCCUAUCUCCUAGGAGUCGGCUUUAUCGUCUUAGGAACGAUCCCGGUCGUGUUUCUUCCCGAGACACUGGAAGACGUAAAACUGAAGCAAUCAAUCCCAGAGGAAUCAGAUCGGGAAACAGAGCAGAAUACUGAAAAUGAGCCAGUAGAGCAGGAACGGGGCAAGAAAGAAAUAUUUCGAGAGUUUACUCGACAGUCCCGUGAAUUCAUCGAGUCGACCCGGUUCAUUUGGUCCGACUCUAAUGUGUGUAUCAUGAUUCUUGUGUUUUUCGUCACGAUAAUAGGCCGACAAUCCACACAUCUGCUUCUGCAGUAUGUGUCAAAGAAGUUCGACUGGAGCAUUGCUCGCUCGAGUCUUUUGAUCUCGCUACGCGGUAUAUUCUCUCUUUUUACCUACUCAAUCUUAAUGCCAGGCCUAUCUGUGCUUGCCAUCAGAUACCUAAAUCUCCAUGGGAAAUAUAGAGACCAUCUGAUGAGCAAGUGGAGUGGCGUCCUAUCUAUCAUCGGUUUCGCGGCUAUCUUCCUUGCCCCGACACCAGCAAUCUUGAUUAGCGGCCAGGUCAUCCUAUCAAUUGGGUCAUCAUUCCUAGUGACUACUCGCAGUCUGGUCACAGCGCUUGCACUGCCUGACCAUGUGGGCACCUUAUAUUCUGCCAUUGCCAUCGCACAGUCGGUGGGUGUGCUUGUGGCAGGCCCGCUAUUCGCCAGCCUGUUUCGGCUGGGAAUGCAUCUUGGAGAUGCCUGGAUGGGACUGCCAUUUCUGCAGGCAUCGCUCUUCUUUGCCCUGGCGGUCACUGCCGUCUGGCGAAUUCGGCUUGCACCGCCGGCUCGGGCCAUCAAUGAGGAGGAGCAGGAAUCUCUUUUACCUGAGCGCUGCUGA